UUAAGAAUCUACCAUGAUUUGUGUGACAUUGGUGUGAUAUUCUGGGAAAAAUCUUCAUUCAUAUUUUCAUUUACUUUACACAACCAAGAUGAAAGCUGGUAGCCACAAGGAAAAAAGGAACUCUGGGGCUGAUGUGCAGAUGAGAAUGCCCUCAGCCAAGCCCCCAUCCUCCAACAGCCGUGAUGUUCGAGAACUAUCAGGGAGAAAGGAAGCCACAGGGUUGAUGGGAAGGAUGAGGCGGACGUUGAAACGAGGGGGCACCAAGUCUCCAAAAGAAGAUCCUGCAGGACAGGUAUUAUCAGGAUAUCAGAAGAACCUAGGAAAUGGUGUCGUAGUAAAUCCAUCUGUUGGUCAUGGGUUGAGUGGAGACUUACAACCAUCAUCAAGACUUGAUAAUGAUCCAGACAGGAUCUCACUGAAUGGAAGAACAAGCCAUUGUAUUUAUCAUAAUGGAUGCGAUAUCAGAAAUGGAAAUGACGUGGAAAGGCGAGAUACUGAUAUGGAUCACCAUUGUCUUGUUAAACAUGGGAGGGGAAAUGAACAUUCAAAUGGAAGAUUCUCACAGAAUGGUAGCAAUGGUCCACUGUCGGACAAGGAUUCAAGCAGCAAUCAGAGUUCUUACAGUGGUGUUUCUAUGUUUGAUAAGCAGGGAGCUCGUCCCAAAACCGGAUUGUAUCGCAAGAAGAGCAGUGGGGUUGGUAAAAACUUUGAGUUGGGAAGCGUUGUUUUGAAUGUUCAGGCAAAUCGCUGUGGAAAUGAAGGUAAAGGAAACAAUGUAGAUGUGAAGUUGAGUGUUGGAGGUUUGAUGGGAGAUGAAAGCGAAUCAGAUUCCAUUGUGCCUUUACAACGGAAAGCAUCUGUCAGAAAUGACAUCUCAGUAAACAUUGUCCCCAGUGGAGGACUGCCACCCAACUCCGAUGUGACUGUCAAUUGCUCUGUUAAUGUACAUUGUCAUUUUACAGGGAUGGAGGAAGACAGUGUGGAAGUUGAGCAAAAUGGAGCAGGAAGUGACACUGACUCCAGGACAAUGCAACAGAAUGGAAUCAUGUCAAGUGCCGAGUUAGAACCUCUAGUAAUACAGAUGACACACCAACCUGAUAUUGAACCUCUAAACAACCCUCGUACACCUCACAUAGCUGAAGUCAUGAUGAAAGAUAGCCUGGCAAGUUUAGAUAGUGAAUCUUCGGACCGACACCACAAAAGUUCAUCAGAUUCGCUUCAUAGGGAAUCAAAGACGCAACGUAAGGGUAAUUCAGAACAAACUGCAAAUGGGGACUUAAACAACAAAGUUGCGAAAGACAAAUUGAAAAAGGAUAAAUUUGAGGAAGUUGUCCUCUUGCCAAAGGAUAGUCAAAUUGUAGAUGUUGUUACAACUCAGAAAAAUCCAGCAUGUGACGAGAGCGAUAUGAGGUUUCAAUAUAACCUUCCAAGAUCAGUGUCUGAUGGAGCAGCAAUUUUAGCCAGCUACAGAAGUGAUGAAUCUUUUAAAGAAAAAAGUAUGUAUGGACCAGCAAUAGACCGUAGAACAAAACCCAAAUCUGGUUUUGGAGACUAUGCUCAACCUGAAGGAAGUCAAGAUGAUGAUGAAUCACCUCCACCUAUUCCUCCUCGUAUGUCAAUGGUCUUAGAUGAGGAAUCCAAGAAGGCUGAGUGGGAGACAGAGCCAACUCAUAUGUGUCUACCUGCUCUUAUGAAUGGUCUUUAUAGUGAUGAUGGAGGAACCAGUGCAUCUUUGCGAAGUAAAUCACUUCCACGCCACUCCUCCCUAAAUGAUGUCUCUCUUGACCCUAGCAUCCCACGCCGUUCAAAGACGGCUCACCUAAAGAACAGAGUGUCUCAGCUCUUUAAGACUCCCCGUCGUAAGUCCUGUGCUUUCCCUGACAGACCCUUACCGGACGUACCAGGCAACAAAUCGAUAGUCCAGUCACGAGAGAAUCGAAGGAGUAAUAUCCAGAGACCGCAGUCUCUCUAUUGCCCUACAGAUGGUAGGAACCAAAUAGUACCUCCACCACCUGCUAGACCUAGUCCUCAAAGACCAUCUGCAGGUCCUAGACUGACACCCCAAAGACCAGGUCAAGAGAACAUGGUCGUGAUUGAGAGAAGAGAGGGCUUUCCUACUAAGGAUGAAGUUGCUAAAUGCCAGGGAAUGUUUGCAUCAAGUUUAAGAAGGAUUAGUGAGUGCGGCUGGUACUGGGGUCCAAUGAGUUGGGAUGAUGCUGAGAUGAGAUUAGAGAAUACUCCAGAUGGUUCCUUCUUGGUACGAGAUAGUUCAGAUGAUCGUCAUAUACUCAGCUUAACAUUCAGAGUUCAAGGCAGCACACAUCACACACGCAUUGAACAUCAUAAUGGCAAGUUCAGCUUCUGGUCCCAACCAACCACUCAUGGGAGUUCAUCUAUCGUAGAAUUUAUAGAGGAAGCGAUGCGCCACUCUAGGAAUGGCCGCUUCCUCUACUUCCUUCGCCCAAGAUGGCCAGGACUCCCUCCCGUCCCUCUUCAGCUUCUUUAUCCAAUCUCUCGGUUCCAGAAAGCUCGCUCCCUCCAGCACAUGUGCCGCUUUGUCAUCCGCCGACACGUCCGGCUCGACCAUAUUGAUGCCCUACCGUUGCCAAGGCGACUGAAGGAGUAUCUACGGGAAGGGCAGUAUUAUACCCCAGAUGAUAUUAAGCCCUAAGCUAAUGUCAAUGUGAAUAGGAGGAAAAAAGGAUAAGUAUUAAACAUGUUUUGUCAUAAUCACAACAAUAUUACUCCUGAAUGUCAUUUCACCCUCAAGGACAUUAAUUACAGCAUACUUUGUUGCGAAGCUUGCUAUUUUGAUGUGUAAUGAUGGGGAAAUUGGUACAAAUUUGUUCCCUUGACUGUGGUAAAACCACACACCCCCCCUCCAUGUCUCUCUUCUCAGUUCUACAAAUAACUAAAAUCAAUAUCUCUUUUCAAUCAUUCCUGAACCAAACUAAUGAUAUGUGAAGAAUUCCAGGGCCAGGACUAAGAGUUAUAAUUUCUGUAUUGCUAUAAAGAAAAAGAAAUAUUUGUUUCACAUUCAAGUAUAUGUUGCAUAUAUCACUUGAAAUCACAAAUCAUUCAGUAAACUGUAUGAAAUACAUGGUAAUGAAUAGUUUGGAUUACUUAAAUACAUCUUUAUACUCACCUGAAUUAUACUCUAAAAAGCUUGAUAUAGUGUAGAUAAUUGAUGCAGUUGAUAUUCCAUAUUAAAAGAGGUUCAUAUAAUGUUGUCACAAUGCAUUUGUAAGUUACUUUGCAUUCAUAUUAGAAAUUGCAUUUUGAAUCACUGCAAGCAUGAUGAUGUCACCAGAGUAUACAUCAGUAAUAUCACUGCACAUACAAAUAUUCACCCAAAUUCAGGGAAAGUAGAAUGUUAUUUUUUAUAUAAAAAUAUUCUAACCUCUUAAAAAGUAAGCAACCACAGGUAUAUAUGUAUAUGAAACAGAGGGGCCAAUAUCAAAUACACAUAUGUACAUUGCAUUGCAAGAUGAUCAGCAGUCAACUGAAAAAAAAAUGUCCAUAUGGAUUUGCACUUGGUUUAAGUGAAACACAUAACUCUAGAAAUAGCUAAGUUAACAGGGACUUUUAAGAACGACUGGUGAUGCUUUCUUGUGGAAAAUGGUAAAUUCAUUGGCGAUGGUUUAAGUGCAUAAGAAAGGAUCACCAGUUGUUCUUAAGUCGCACUUAACUUACGAAUAGCUUUAUGAAACGGGCCCCCUGUUCUGUUAAAUCUUAAAUGGCAAAAUGUACUUCAGAUUAAUGCAUCGCUUCAUUGUUGAAUUGAAAGGAUUGUUACUCAUUUCAUAUAAAUUGAUGAAUUCAUGGUAAUGAUUUUCAGGGAUUUUCUCUGGAAUAUUUUACUCCUAAUUUAUAUCUUUGUGUCCUCAAUUACCAACACACAAAUCUUUCCCCCCCCCCCCGA